AUUUUGUAUAAUUCACACGCUUGAAGUACAUUGUAAUAAUGCAUACACUUUGUUUUGUUGUCUUUAAUUUAAUAUUACGUUUAAGUAGUACGUUGACAUUGCAUGUCGAUAAGGAAACCAAUAAAUCACAGAUGAUCAUUUUAGAGAAUACAACUAUGAUCAGUGAUCAAAUUGUUAAGCUUAAUACCACCUUAAGCUUUGAAGGGUCAAGUAAUGCUACCGAAGCAGCUCUCUUAUUAAGGAAGAAAAGACAAAGCGGGGCCGGCAAGUACGCUGACUCUGCAAAGAUGGAUCAAACAAGACUUAUUCGUUUAUGGCUACAGCUGUUUGCAAAUGCUUGGGGAGCCGUGUACAUUGGGGGAGCGCACCCUCUCCAUCACAAUGUACCGAAGCCUGUGGUAGGCAUGUUCAAACGAAGGAUUGGAGAGUUUCUGUUCCCUAAACCGAAGGGCGAAAGAGACGAAGAUGAACCAUCAUGA